AUGCCAAAACGUCUAGUCAUGACAUCGCACCUUGUAAACAUCUUGCUACUUAGGUCUUCCGUCCUAACGGCUCUUUCAUCUCCUGUGCCCAGAGCCUCGUCCACGUGCGAGAAGACGCAAGUGGCCAUACUCGGCGCAGGGGUUGCUGGAAUUACCGCUGCUUGGAUUAUAUUGACAAGCUCUGGAGAUGCUUACUCGAUCGUCGAGCAAGAUGCGGGAAACAUACUUCUCGAGAAUUUACAAGAUACAAGCUUUUGUGCUGCGUUGAACCUUGCUGGAUGGAGGCCAAUGGGUGAUGCUCAGGCCCAAGCUGUAGAAUGGUAUCAGCUGGACUUUGACUUUUUCAAAGACAACAACUGCGUCGUCAAUCAGAGGGGUUUCAAAUUUUUCAUCCAUGGCCAUGCACGGGAAUUUCUGAAGACAAACGACACGCGUCUACAUCUGAACACUAUUGUCAAAAACAUCACAAAUUCCGCUGAAGGGGUGAACAUACUCAAUGCAGACGGGAUAUGGCAAUCCCUCGACCACGACUCCUUCCUCCCAGGCCGCGGCAUCCUCUACGUCACCGUCGUCCCCAAUGAAACCUACGCCAUCGACGCGCAAGACGACGACACCGCGACGCGACAAGUCCUCGCCACGCUCCGAGAAAUGUUCGGCGGAGACAAGGUCCCCGAACCCGCAGGCAUGUAUGUAUCCCCGCUGGAGCACAUUCCCACCGGCCUGCGGCUCCUACUCGAAUUAGCCCCCCCACCCCCGCGGGACUCACACGGGAAGGGCAUCAAAACCUCCGCGCGGACAACAACGGCCGGCUGUGGUACGCGGGGGAACCCACGAGCGCGCAACGAGGUGGGGGAAUUCGCCGGGGUUUCGGCUUAG